AUGGUAACCACCAUUCGUUUGCCGGUUACCCUUCUCUUUAAAUUUGUGAUGAUGUUCGGAGGCAAGAUGGCGAAACGCAAAUAUAACCCGGAGUAUUUGAAAUGUGGAUUUUCGUUCAUUGAGGACAAACACGGACAGAAACCCCAGUGUGUUAUUUGUAAUGAAGUGCUGGCACAUGAGAGCAUGAAACCAUCCAAACUAAUGCGACAUUUACAAACGAAACAUCCCGCAUCUCACCGUAUUGCGAAGGCCAAGAAACCCCACACAAUAGCCGAAGAGCUUAUUUUACCCGCUGCCAUGGACAUGGUAAGAGAGGUGCUGGAUCAAUCAGCGGCAGACAAGCUUAAAACAAUACCCCUGUCCAAUGAUACUAUAGCUCGGCGUAUUGAAGACAUGUCUGGUAACAUAAAACAACAGACCACAGCUCGCGUCCAGGAACAAUUUCUCUGCGGCAGAGAACUCCCUACCACUACCAAAGCAGAGGACAUUUUCAACUCCGUGGACUUGUAUUUGAGCUCAGUGGGCCUAAGCUGGGAAUACUGUGUUGGAAUCACAACUGACGGCGCUGCCUCCAUGACCGGGAAACAUUCAGGUGUGGUGAAACAAAUUCUGAUGAGGGCAGCUAAUGCGACUUGGAACCACUGCUUUUUGCACCGAGAGGCACUGGCAGCUAAGUAUAUGGUUCCUGUGCUUGAUGAAGCUUUGCAAAAUGUCAUCAAAGUGGUGAACCACAUAAAACGAAGUGCGAAGAACAGCCGCUGCUUUUCAAAUCUAUGUAAAGAUUUGGGCUCUGAGCAUAUGCAGGUGUUGUAUCACUCCGAAGUGCGCUGGCUGUCGAGAGGUAAGGUCUUGUCACGCUUUUACGAACUGAAAACAGAAAUCGCCACCUUCCUCUCAGAGAAUAACUCAUAUGCUGAACUGUUUGACAACGACACCUGGCUCGCACUUGUUGCAUAUCUUGCUGAUAUUUUUGAGCACCUCAACACGUUAAACGUGUCUAUGCAGGGGAAAGGACACAACAUUUUUGAACAGUCAGACAAAAUUGUUGCGUUCAAGAAAAAGAUCACACUGUGGGUAAAUCAUUUAUCCAAAGACAGACUGGACAUGUUUCCAAACGCUUGCCAGGAAGCACAGCAGCUGGACACCACGGCCAAAAAUGACUUGAAAAAAACGAUCAAGGUGCAUCUCGAUAAACUUCAAGCUCGGUUUCACGACUACUUCCCAGAGAGACACGGAGAUAACGUUAAUGCCUGGAUACGCGACCCUUUCAGCGUCAACAUGGAAAGCGUCAUGUUGCCAAGCCAUGAAGAACUUCAGCUGGUGGAGCUGUCAUGUGACCAGACGCUAAAAAAGAGAUUCGGCGACGUAAGCCUUUCCCACUUCUGGUGCAGCGAUGUGAUGGCUGAGUAUCCAUCUCUCGCCACUCUUGCAGUCAAAACGAUCCUACCAUUCAGCACGACCUAUCUUUGUGAAAGUGGCUUUUCUACCUUGGUCCAGCUCAAGUCAAAGCAGAGAAACAGGUUGAACACUGAGCAGGAUCUGAGAGUAACUCUGUCUACAACGCAAUCUUAUCGCGAACUUUGUAUAGACUUUUUGCUUACAGUAAUGAAGGACUGA